AUGAUGAAUAUUCACUGCUGUUCUCAGUGGACAAAUGGGGGAGUUAAAAAAUCGAUUUGUCUUUUACUUUGCGUAUCAGUAGCCAGUCUCAUAACAUACCGUGUCCAUGUUUGGUUGAAACAUUAUGAUAGUUUAGCGUCAAAAAUGAUCAUUUCUGCAUAUGAUGAUCAUCAGAGUAAUUUACCAUUCCCUCUAAUCACCGUUUGCAAUAUAAAUCCAGCGAGGGGAACUAAGCUAUACAAUAUUCAUUCAACCGAGUCACAGGAUAGAGGCAUUGACUAUGAAAUUUUCUCAGAUGCUUUCCAAGGACGCUUCAACGAGAACUUGCCAGAAAGCAAACUACGGAUGUCAAUCUUCAGGCUAAUGGACAGAGCAUCUCAUCAUAUAGAUCAGAUGUUGAGAAGCUGUAAAAUUGGUCAAAGACAUUGUUCUGCCAUGAAUUUCACAAAAACUGUUCUACCAAAUGGCGCUUGCUAUACACUGUCCGGUGAUUUGGCUGGUAUAGAUGAAAUUCAGUUGGUUUUGGAUCCACAAAGUUAUGAUUAUUUAGUUCCGAACCAGGGAUUUAUUGGUUUUCGUAUUUUAUUACAUGGGUACGGUGAUUCAUUAUGGACACUUAUUCCAACUGCCGUUUAUGCUGGCCCAACAUUUCACACGAUGUUACGUGCAGUUGGUCUUAAAAAGAUCUUCAAACAACAUUGUACGAGUCAAUCAGUGUGGUCUAUUUGUAUGCAUGACUGCAUGCAAGAAAUACUAGAGGAAAGAUGUCAAUGUCAAUUGCCCGACUGUACCGUCAUUGAAAUGAUGAAAUGCGGACUUACUAUGACUUCGAUGAUUGAAUCUUUAUCACCAGGCCAAUGCAGAUGUCAUAAUCCUUGUGAGGCAGUAUCUUAUUCCAUUGAAUCCAUAACACAAGCAUUAAAAUCACCAUUGCUAUUUACACAUCCCACGAAUAUAUUUACUAAAUUGAAUCAAACAAAUGUUGAAUUAGGAAUUCAUUCCAAGCAUCACGAUGAUAAGUCUACUUCUUCAGUUCCUCAAAACAGCAAGAACAACGACCGUAAUAAUGUGAAUUCAUGGAAUGAUAAUGAAUUCGAGCUAAAUCAGCCGCGACAAUACUUGUAUGCUUACAAAAAGGAGAUUUGGGAGGGCUUACUACUUCAGACGUGGGCAUUUCUACGUGAAGCCAACCGUACCGCAUUCGAACAAUUAAGACAACUUUCUCACCUUCUUCAAAGUUUGAACUUGGAUUUACAAACAGUAGAACGUUCGGUUUAUAAAGUACACAGAAAGCAUAGAUUCAAAUUAGAAGCUAAUGAUCUUAUGCUUUGGGACAGUGAACGUUUAUCAACAAAUAAAUAUUCAUCUUCAGAUAGAUCUAAUGGAUUAUGCAUGGAUAGUGAGGAACAUUCUCGUAUGUUGGACAGAGUUAGUCGCUUGGGUAAAGAAUUUGUACGCCUUUUCAGACAAAGUAUCUUAUUUCGAGAUAUCUCUUUGGUUCCUGGGUCAGAUUUCCACAUACAUCUUGUGCGCUUAUUUUUUCUUCGUGUUGUUGAUGAACUUGAUCGCCUUGCUAAUCAACUACUUCACAAUGAUCUAUUCUCUGAUGUGACUAUGCUUGACUUACAACGUAAAGCCCAUCAGUGCAAACAGAGCAACGAUGAAAUAAUGUACAAUGAUACAAGUUGGGAGAAUCAGUUGGAACAAUCACAAUUAACUGUUGCUAGUGAAGAUAUAGCUAGUCUACAAGCUGUACUGCUGUCAACUGAUUCGCAGUUUAAACAGCUGAGAACUAUAUUUUCAAAAUUAGUUUCUGAUAAUCGUGAAUUGAUUGAGACUAUUCCCAUUAAUCGAGCUAACCUGAAUGCUAAACCAGAAAGUUUAUCAGGCACAGAAGUGGGACUAGUUUCCAUUACUAUACAGUUGACACGAGACAAAAAUCGUCUUAUACGUUUGGAGUCAGUACAAGCAAUUUACAGUCCUAUUGCUGAAUUACUGGAUCUGAUCGUGUCCGGUUUGCUGCUGGCAUUUCUAUCCAUUUUUCUUGUAAAUAUUUGUGUAUCGAAACCUAAUCAUCCAGAUGCUUGUUAUUCUGAAUGCUGUUGCUGUUGUUCUCCAAUGGUCAGCAAAUCUACUGACUUCAGUCAAGAUGAACAACCUAAACUAGUAAAUCAUACUAUUGUUUCUACACCUGCAUAUGGUAACCAUAAUUCCUCUAAUGUGGAUUUCAGCAGACAGUUGGCGAAAUCCAGUACGAUACCUUACGUGAACCAUAGUGAUUUAGUACCAGUCACUAUCUCACAAAUAAAGACCACAUCUAAUUCAGUCUACCUGUGCAAUUCACGGCAGAAUGAUGCAGUUAUCUCAACAAGUAGAUGCAUAUUAUCUCCCAGUUUAGCAUCAACAAAUAAUAAAACAAAUUCAAAAUCUACUGUGGAAACAUGCCAACAUAAUCACAAUCUGCGUUCAAAUGACACAUCCAGAUAUUUUACACACAAUUUAUCCACUGUACCGGGAUCUUCAGUAACAUUUCCUAAAUGGGAAAGUAAAGCUUUACGAAUCGACUUAGAUAGCUUUAAUUGUAUGAAUCUAUCUGGACAUCAUUCAAGCGCUCAGUGUGAAGGUGAACAAUCCCAUUUAAAUAUAGGUCAUCACUUCUCACCUCAUCAACAACAAUCACUCUCACAACCACCACAAGCAUAUAACCAACAGAACAAUAUCAGUGAGUCAUGCAUCAGCUUUUGUGACUGUGUGUAUGCAUCUGAAAGUGGUAACGCAGCCAGUUCCGGAUCUUAUAUAAAUCCUAACAAGCUUUAUUGUGUAAUCAUUCCAGUUCAGGAGGAAAUUGUUCUUCUUUAA